AUGCUGAAAGCAUAUAAUUCUAGGCUUGGACGGCCGUGUGUGUAUGAUAAAGAUACCUUACGGCCGUUGGAGAGCGAAGCCGGACACAAAGUACUAGAUGUUCCGACGAGGACAGACGCCAGUUCGUCGUAUUCGCCACAAUCAUCCCGGUCUGUCACAGAUAUCUGGGCCAGUCCGAGCUUUACCGAUGUCACGGCUGGUGUCGAGCCCUUCCUCCACGACUCUCUACGACGGCCUACAGUCGAUGUCAUUGUCCAGAAACAACUCUUCAAGAUUAUCGGGUCUCGCAGCGAGAUGCACCGGAUAGCAGACUCGUACUUUGCCACCAUCGCCAGAAGAAUAUCGAUUGUGUCGGCGCAGAGAUUCUACGCAAGACUACCCAAGAUUGAGUCUCCCAGCUGCCCUGCCGAUUUUGCCGCCCUCUGUCUAUCCUUGCAUCUGGUAUUGCAACUCCCACAGCCUCAUGAUAGUAGCAUGCAGUCAUCGCUCUAUGUGACACUAAAGGGCAUCAUCAGUCUGCUAGAAGCCACGUCUUAUCACUCCCUCGAAGUCAUACAAUGCCGUAUCAUCAUGACUUUCUAUGAAAUGGGCCACGGCAUCUAUCCCGCAGCAGCCACGUCCAUGGGCGGUUGUGCCAAGAUGGCUCGCUUCGCCGGGUUCCAUCGACAUUCUAUUCUGUCGAGUUAUGACGAUGAAAGGGAAAUUGUAGCAGAAGAAAAGAAGCGAACAUUCUGGAUGCUGCAUAAUCUAGACCGCUAUUUGAAUCUCUCCAUGGGAGAAAGCAUCUUUACCACGCCAUUCGCUCAGGAAACUGAUCCGCUUCCAAUUGAAGAAGACCUAUGGUCCAAAAAUAUUGCCCCAAGCUUGGUAACGCACAAUCUCAAUACACCAGCUGAUGUCAGCAUCGGUUCAUUUGCCCGUGAGUGCCAAAUUUCUCACCUGGUAGGGCGAGUAUUGCGAAACGUAUACGAGCCCGUUUCAGACGCAGCUUUCCAGGCCAAAGAAGCCGCCCAGCUCGAGACGACCAUGGCAACGUUUAUCCCAUUGCUGCAGAACGACGAGGAAGACUUUGGGAAAUAUUGCAUCUCUUUUGCCAUCUGCAGCAGCGCUUUAUUUACUCUUUAUGGCUGCACUAUUGACAAGGGAAGAUAUGGUGCAAAGAUCGAUAACUGUCCUGCUGCGCUAGCGGAACAUACAGCACUCGAAAUCACCCGUUACUGUCGCAAGCUAUUUGGAGAUGAGGAAGCCAUAAAUUACGGCAGCCUCUCUCCGUUUGUGCCAUAUGCGCUCUAUCAGUCUAUUGUCAUUCAGCUCCAAUUACAUGAACGCAAUCCGCAAGCCAAAUACGAAGAAAACAUUGAGUUUCUAAAGCAGGUCCUGAGGAAUUUCAGUAAAAGAUGGUUGCUGGCAGGUAAUGUUCUACCAAGGAUGCGCAGGCAAAGAGAAUACUAA